ACUUCUGCUUUCUGCAGAAAAAUGAUUUCUGGUAAGAAAUUAGCCUAUAAAAUUAGGACUAAUUAAAUCUUAUGGUAUAGUAUUUGCGACUUAUGUUUCUGGUAGUCAGCAAAAACACUGGAUUUCUUUUAAAACCCUGCAAUUUCUUCUAAAAGGUCAACUUAAUGAAAAGGAAACUCCUUUGCAUGGGAACUUCCCAAGACACAGGCUCCUUGCCAGCAUUUCGCUCAUUGGAUACUGAGCAUUUCUAGACAGUAUAUAUUGAACCACACUUUCUAACAAGUACCACACUUAAAUUGACUCAAGACAUCUGAGUACAGAUAACAAAAAUUAAAAAAAAAAAACCUUUGAACAAAACCACAAUGAACUCCACUGCAACCCUCUUCUUUAUUUCUUUUGUGUUGUGUGCCGCUGUGGAAGGUACUUCUCUUUAUGGAAAGGGACGAUGCAUUUGCCUUAAGAAUGGGGAUGACUUUGUGCGUGGAAGAAACAUUGUGAAGUUAGAAGUGAUACCAAAAAGCCCAAUGUGUGACAGGCUAGAGAUUAUUGUGACAAUGAAGGGUACGGCUGAACAAAGAUGCCUGAAUCCCCAAUCUAAGUUUGUGCAGAAUCUGGUCUCCACAUUAAGGACAAGGUAUUCAAAGUAAACUUCUGUGCAACGAAGGACAUGAAAACCCCAAAAUAAAGGCCAAUGACGCCACCAGAAACAUCGGCACUUUGAAUCAUUUGUUCAUGGGCAUUAUUUCAUUUGAAUUUUUGGAUACCAUAGCACAAAUAAUACAGUCGGAUGUAAUUAUUAUUUAUAGAUUUUAUUUGUAAACACAGGAGUACACAUUAUUAUUUUGAAAGUACCAUUAAAUAGUUGAUCUUUGUUACUGAAUGUAUCGUGUAUUUGUCAAAUAACAAACUAUUUAUUUAAAUUAUUCAAUUAUCUUUAGAUCCCAGCAUUUGUCAUGCAUGUUUUUUUUUUGAUAGAACUGACGUCAAAUGUAAAGCACUGCGUACAGCUGCUUGUAUUGUUUGUCGGUAAAGGAAGACUUAUGAGCGAGAAAAUGCAUGCAACAUUCGAAAAAGGGAGUAUUAUACAUAUUGUGCAUUCUGAAAUGCAUUGUAUAUAAUGUACAUUCUGAAAUGUGUAUUGUUUUUGUUAUGUUCGUUGUUAUGAUAUUUGUAUUACCCUGUUUAUAUGCUUGUGGUUUUGAACAGUUGUAAUGUGAAAAGUAAAUUCUUGAAUUUUAAA